AUGCAAGCAUAUCGCGAUAAUUUCAAGCAAACACCUUGCCCUUCGAAUUUGGAACAACCACCUCCUUCCGCCUCAAGCAGACUACCAUUUUCUAAAGGCAACAACAAUCGCAGCCGUAGUGUCAAUAACGAUUACAAUACGAAUGGUUCAAUAGCCGGUGCUGCAGCAGUAACAACUCCCAGAAUGUUAAGUCCUACACCUUCCGAAAAUCCUGGCAAUCCAUCAGCUUUAUUGCGACAAAAUCAAGAGUUGCGACAACGCUUAGCCGAGGAAGCCAAUAGUUAUCGCCGACGAUUGGACACCUAUAAGCAGGCUCAACAGAAUCAGGCCACUCUUGUGAGUCGUUUGCAGUCUAAAAUUCAACAAUAUCGCCAACGUUGCAGUGAUUUGGAGGAUCGUAUGCAGGAUACCAUUAAACCAGUUACACCAUGCCAUACACCAAAAAUCACCACCGGACCAACUUCUAGUCAGGUUAUGUGUUCAACUUCAUUAACUCUGGGACACUCAAGUCAGCCAUGUUCCUCGUCAUUGGAAACACCGCCCUCACCACCGACAUGUGGAGGUACAGGACGAGAUUUUGUUAUACACGAAGAUAGCAGUGAACUGUGUCGUAAGUUGGAAGAUGAACAUAAAAAAGCCGAACAAUUAUUAGCCCAAAAUAAUGCUCUACGCCAACAACUCAUUGAAUCGAAUCACACAAAUGAGGCUCUAACGAAUGAUUUGCAGAAACUAACAAAUGAUUGGUCGAAUUUGAGAGAUGAACUGAUGGUAAAGGAGGAUGAGUUUAAAGAAGAGGAACAGGCUUUUAAAGACUAUUAUAAUAGCGAACAUAAUCGUCUUUUGAAAAUGUGGCGUGAAGUGGUUGCUGUUAAACGAGCCUUUAAAGACAUGCAAACGGCCAUGAAGAAUGAAGUGGCCAAAAUGGGUUUAGAAGUCAACGGGGCGGCCAAAGAUAUCAACUCGACUUGUGGUAAUGUGGCCUUUAAUAUGCAGCAACUGAAACGUGCCUCCGAUGAGCAAUUGGCCCAAGCUAAACGUGAAAACGAUGAGCUGCAAAACCAGUUGGCCACACUAAAAGUACAACACGAGAGUGCACGUCACGAGAUUUUAGAACGUGAUCAACGUUUGUUAGAUCUUGUUAAUCAACUGAAAAAGCUAGAAGAUAGAUGUGCACAGGCUGAGUCACAAGCAAUGCUGGCAAGUCGCUACAAUGACGAAAUAGAACGUUUAAACAGCUCAAUACGAGAGAUAGCUCAGGCCGUAGUCUUAGAUGCUGAGAUAGCAGAUCGUGAACAAGCAGCUGAUGCAGCAACGUCAGGUGGUGGAGAUACGACUGGGGGUUCAAUGCAGCACAUGCAUUUAACGCGUGAUACUACAUCGUCCGCAUCAGCUAAAUCGCCCAGACGUUCAACAGCAAGAGCGUCUCAGGCUUUUGCUGAGGGCACCAUAUCUGCUGUACAAGCAGCGCUGCACAAAUAUCAGUUGGCUUUACAUGACAUGCAAGUGAAAUUCCAGAAUGCAAAUGAAAAUCUACGCUCCACUAAAACACAAUUGGACACUAGCGAAGGCACGAAAGCUUUGUUGACCACAAAGAUACAUCAGCUAACGGAAAAAUUGGAUGCCAGUAAUUCAAAACUAUCGGAAUUAUUGAAAGAACGUGAUAGUUUGCAAAAAACCUUGGACGAGAUACGGGAUCAAAAGCAGCAGUCUGAUCAAGGAAAAGCCGAAAUAAAUAAUGCUUUUGAAAACUUGAGUGUCGAUUUUGAAAAGUUGCAGUUUAACUAUGGCAAAUUGCAAAAGAAAAUUGAUGCUUUGGAAGAGGACAAAAAGGCGGUGGAAUUGGAAAUUCAAAGAAUUUUGAAGGAUAAAAAUAUAACUGAAUUGAAUUUAAGAGCCGAAGAAGAUCGCGGUAGUCGCUUAAGAGAGGAAACUAUAUCCUUAAGAGAGGAAUUAAAUCGUGUCAGUUUAAAUCGUGAUCUACUCGAACAACAGCGUAUAGAAUCCGAUAAUAUUAUCAAUUUAUUGGAAAAACAAAAGGCCGACUUGGAAUAUGAUCUAGAUAAAAUACUUUUGGAAAAAUGUGAUAUUCAAGAACGCUUGGAGAAGAUCUCUAACAACAGCUCGUCUACUACGGAUGAACUAAAAAUCUUACAACACAAUAUACACGAAGUACAGGAAGAUCGAAAAAAAAUAACGCAACAAUUACAGGAUCAAUCAAAUGAACUGGCCGAUGUCCGCAAAGAGUUAAGUAAUUUGGAUAAGGUACGUUUGGAGUUGGAAACCGACAAUCUUGGUUUCAGUGAGAAGGUGAAAUGUUUGCAAAUGGAAAAGGAGAAAAUAUUACAAGAUCUGGCAUGUCUUACAAGAGAUCGCAGUGAUAUACACAAUCAGUUAACGGCGCUGUGUCGUAAAAAGGAGUCUCUAAAUGAGGAAUUAAUGCGCACCCGCCAGAGAUUGGAACAGACAACUGAAACGAAUAAUCGUCUGAAUCGUAAUCUAGAAGAGAUGGUUAAAGAUGUCGAAGAAAAGCAGGUUGUUAUCGAUUUACAUGAAAAGGAAACUCAUCGCUUACAGGAACUUUUGGCAGCUUUACGCUCAGAAAAAGAAUCUCUUGACGCUGUUCUAUUUGAUACCAAUACAAACUUAGAAGCCGUCGAAGAAAGAAGAGCCCAAAUAGAAAAAGAAUUACAAGAAGCCUUGGUUCGAGAAGAAACGUUAAAAAAUCAUGUGGCUCGCUUACAAAAAGACUUGGAGCAGUGCCAGCGUAGAGCUCAAGAAACCAAAACACAACUACUCAAUGCUGCUCGUGAAGCUGAAAAUGAUUUCAACCAAAAGAUUGCCAAUCUAAAAUCAGCAGCCGAAGAGACUGGUAAAAAGCAUGCCGACGAAUUACUGCAAUUGCGUAAUGGUUUAGAAAAACGUAUGCAACAAGCCUUGCAAGCUCUACAAACCGCCAAGGAUGAUGAAAUUGAAAAGCAGCAGGAACGUUUGGAUGCUCUGCAAACUCAUAUGGAAAGUCUAAUACAGCAACAUGAAGAAGCCCUAAUUCGAGCAGAGAAUGAGAAGCAGCAAGCUUUACUUAUAGCUCAUCGUGACAAACAAGCUGUUCAAGAGAAAUUAGAAGCCAUAGCAAGAGAAUUGAAGAAUGAACAGGAUGCCUUGGAGCGCGCCAAAAGAGAGCAUAAUACUCGGGAUGAAAAGCAACGUAGUGCAAUAGCUCAGCUAAAGGAUGAAAUAGUUGCUAUGAGAACAAAAGAAGAAGAACAAAAAAUUAAAUUGGAGGAUUGCAUACGUAAACAAGAAAUACAAAUGAAUGCAUUGAGAGAGGAAAGAGAUAAUCUCUUAAGGCUUAGCGAUGAACUGAAAAUGGAUAUUCGCCUCAAAGACGACAGAGUGGAAUCGAUUACGAAUGAAUUACAAGACACCUUGAGAAAAGCCAAAGAAGGCGAGGGUUAUAUAGAAAGUCUGCGCAAAGACAUGACUGAUACAAGGAGACAGUUGGCGGACAGCAACAUCGAACGUGACAAGUAUUCCGACAGCAAUAAAGAAUUGCGGGAUCACGUUAAGCGCGUAGAAAGUUCCAAGCGAGAGCAGGCUAGAGCAAUAGAAGAAGCUUUACAGAAAAUAAGCAAUUUGGAAGAGAACAAAAAUACAUUGGAAAAUGAGCGUACCCGUUUGACCACCGUUCUCAAAGAGACAGAGAAUAAUUUAUCUAAAACAAGCCAAGAAUUAAGUAGCACAAGAAAUACAUUGCAAAAGACUCAAGUAGAGUUUGCCCAGAAAGAUGAAGGUGGCAAAGAGUUGCAAAAUAAACUAGCAUCUGAGACAGAGCUAAAGGAAAGGGCUCAACAGGAACUGAACCAGGUCAAGAAACAAUUGGCCGAUUUGGAGGCUAAUCUUUGUGCUACACGCCAAGAAUUGGGUAGAGCUAGAUGUCAUUCCAACCAGGAAGAACAUCGUUUCCACAACCGGGAACAAGAAUUAGUGGCUCGCAUAGAAGAAUCUCGCGGUCGGGAGAAACGUUUGGAAGAUCAGAAACAUAAUUUGGAAGUAUGUUUAGCCGAUGCUACACAACAAAUACAAGAACUAAAGGCCAGGCUAGGUGGAGCGGAAGGGCGUAUACGAGCUUUGGAUGAACAGUUAGCAUGUGUUGAGCUACAUAAGCGUGAAAUCGAACAUAAAUUAAGUUCCGUUAUUCACACUCUUAGACGUAUUGCAGGCAUACAAAUUGAUGGUAGCGUUAAUCUAUCUCAUCGUCUGGUUAGUCCAUCACGUCGCUUCUCUCCCGUACGUAGUGUAUCCGGUGGUGUGGCUCCCAGCUGUCAUGACUUUGAAACGCGCAGUACUUCUCAUUGUCCCGAUGGACCUGCCUUAGACUGCGACCCCGAUCUUAUACGCAAAGGUGUUAGAUGCCUUAUGCAUCAAGUGGCCCAAAUUGAGCGGGAGAAAGACGACUACAAAAUGCAGCUCUUAACAGCCAAGAAACAAUUGCAAGAUGCUGGCGAACAGCAAUUAAAGUGUGAUUCCAAAGUUUCGAAACUUCAACAGAUGAUAAGACAUCUUCAGCAGGAAAAGAGCAACCUCGACACAGAGCGCAGCAUGAAAGUAUCUGCCAUAAAUGCAUUAGAGGACAAAUUCCAUAAAAAACAAGACGAAUGCCAACAGUUACGAGAGAAACUGGCUCAAUCUGAAAUGCAAUUAAACUCAUGCACCGAAGAGAAUUCACAAAACGAAGAUCGUUUAGAGAAGUGUAGACAACAUGGCGCUAAAUUGGAGAAUGAAAAGCGUCAUUUACAAGAGGAGUUGGCUAAGAUCGAAGGCAGGGCAACAAAGUUAGAUUUACAAAGAGUGGCAAUGGAGGGAGAUCUCACGCGUUUACAAAUGGCUCUGCAAGAGAAAGACUGCAACAUACGCCAGGCUCAAGAACGUUUAGAUAAUCAAGGCAGAGCCAUGGUACAAUUGGAAGACAGGUGUGCCUCGCUUAAGACGGCCCUAGAUCAAAUGAAAGAGAGACUACAAAGAGCCGCUGUUGUAGAGGCUGAGCUGAGAGGUGAGUUAAAGACUGCUCAUAAAGAAUUGACGGAUCAAGGACAUAGCACCCAAACAAAUGAGGAUAAACUUAAGCUGUUACAAAAAUCUCUACAAACGGCCGAAAAUGAAAAACGCAUUUUUGCUGAGCGCCUUGAAAAAGCACAAUCAUCCAUUAAUGAACUCAGGCGCGGUCAACAGGCCCAAUUGGACAGUGCUCAACGUUUGCAAGAUCAAGUCAACGACUUGGAAGUUCAACGAUCAGCUUUGGAAUCUCAAUUACGCAUUGCAAAAUGGAAUCAAGAAUCCGGCGAUAAAAAUAAUGGUCCCAACGGACGCAAUGAAGAAGACGAGCUGAAUCGCCAGCUAAAAUCGUCACAAAGAGAAAAAUCUGAGUUACGCACCAAACUGCAGGUGCUGCAGGACAAGGUAAAACAAUUGGAAAAUGAACGCAAAAGUAAAUUUUCCGGUGACAGUGUCUAUGAUAGAUCUGAAAAGGCAACAACAGCUGCUGGUGGUGGUGGUAUUGGUCCAAACUCUUCUGCAUCCUAUUACGAUGGCAAUUACGACUCUAAUCGCUUAGACACAAAUAAUGCUGGCAAAAACGAUAAUUAUCUUAAAAGCUCCGGUGCAGCAGGUGUUGGUGGAACUUUUAAUUGUGGCUUGGAUCAUGCUGUCAUUGAGCAUGAAAAUCGUGAUUUGCGUUUGAAAGUAAGACGCUUGGAAACUUUGCUAGCGGAAAAAGAAUCAGAAUUGGCCCGUUGUAAGGCACGCAUACAUGAUAGUGCCAAAUGUAUGGAUGGCUUAGAUUCUGAACGCUAUAGAAGUGCUCAAAUGCAUGCUGAAAAGCUGUUAGAUGCCAGGGAACAGGCUCACAGACAACAAGUGUUGCGAUUGGAAAAUCAGAUCUCUAUGCUACGCGAACAGUUAGCUCAGGAGGCAAAACGUCGUCAACAGUACAUUUUGCGCAGCUCGAAAGCUAACCGUGAAAUGCAGCACUUACGAAAUACUUUAGGUGACAGUCUACGUCAUGUAUCUCAGCAUCCUUUGGAUCCAAAUCUUUUGGAAAGUGAAUCAAGAAGAUUGGAUAAUGCUGUCUCCAUGAGUUUGCCACCAUCAACCUGCAGAGACUAUGAACGGGACUAAAUGGAUUUUUAAGCCAAAUGCUACAUUAAAAAUUCGUAAAAUACAACUUUAAACAACUGCCCUAUUCCUACCAAAAUUAGAAAAACUAAUGCAUUUAUUUUAAAAUGUUAACUAAACAAAAAAACAAAAAAAUAUAUAAAAAUAGUUUUAACAGAAACAGCACAAAAACGAAAAAAAAUAUAUUCCAACACAAUUAUAACAUAAGUUAGAAAAAAAUAACAAAUCUGGUCAAUGCAACACACAUUUAUUAAAAAUUUAUAUAACAAUAAACGUUUUUUUACACCCAUUCAUUAUUUGAACUCAUUAUAAAACAAUUUAAAAACAUAAAACA